AUGAAUCCAUUAAAUAAGUAUGUCAUAAAAAAGAUAAAGAAGUAAUUAAAUUGUUGUAGAUAUUAGAACACCAAACAGAAUAAUUAAAGAAAAUGAAGAUAAUAAAAAUACUUAUUUGGUUUAAUAUGACAACAAUUAUGUAUUUGAGGAUAAAAACUACAUGGAAAUCAAUUACCCAGAAUUAGUUGAAGAUUAUAAUUUAUUUAUUACAACAGGAGAAAGAUAUGAUUAAGAAUUUCUUUAAUAGAAGGCUCUUCAAUUUGCCUUAUUUUAGAUACAAGAAAAUCCUAUUAUUGAAUAAUAUUUGUUAGACAAAAAUAAAAGAGUUUAGAUCAAAUAAUAGAGAAAAUAAACAAUCAAACAUAAAUGUUUGAAUUUUCUUGAUAUUUAAAUAAAUUCUUAAUUAAAGGAUAAAAAUUUGGCAAUCAAAAUAAAAGCUAAUGAUGGAAAUAUAACUAAUUAACCAAUUAUGGAAAAAUUAAUAAAAAUUACUCAUGAAUUAUAAUCUAUUGGAUAUACUUAAGAUGAAUUAAUAGUAAGUUUCACAUUAAAGAAAAAUCAUUAAUUUAAAGAAGAUAAAACUAUGUUAAUUAUUGAUAAAACUAUAAAGAUGAAUGAUUGA